AUGGCUAUAAACGACUGUAAGCUGGCUGUACUCCUCUUGCUGGUCCUUGGCUUCCCACGCCACCAAGUAACAGGAAUUUGCGACGUGGAGGUUUGCGCCACCAAACCAGAAAGAUGUGCCUUGUCCAAAGACAAAACCACCUGUAAGUGCCUGGAAGGAUUUUAUGAUGACCACUGUGACAAAGAUGCACACAUCAAAGUAUUUUGCACUAAAAAGUACAUGGGUGUCAGAGCACGAGAGGAAUUCUUCUUGUACUACAACACGCCGGUCACGUCUUUGCACCUGCCCAAUAAAUCGUGCAAAGCGUACAGGGAAGUCAUCAACAAAGUUCCCUACUACAUGGUCAAGCUAGCCAAAAAUGAAUACAUCAGCUGUGGAGGCAAGUCGCUUGAGAAAAAUUUUACUCAUGUCACAUACACCCUUAGUCUUCAGUCAGAGCCUCAGGCCAUUGGAAACAUCAUCAGAGAUCCAGUCAUAAAGUUGGAUUUCACAUGCAUCUUUCCGUUCAUCAGAACAGUCAGCCUACCUUUUCCAAUUGAGCCCAUUUCCAGUGAGGCGAUGGUGCGCGUCGAUGAGUUGGAGGCGACCAUACAGAUAAUGCUGUACACGGAUCAUAGCUACACAACAGCCUUCAGCAGCGCCCCCACUGUGGAGCUGGGAGACCAGGUUUAUGUUGAGGUGGCCGUGACUGAUCCCGCAGACUUUUUCCUUCUCCGCAUAAACGACUGCUGGGCCACGCAGAGUCGGCAUGCCAAUGCCUCGGGGGGAUUGGUUCACAGCCUGAUUUGGAAUGGGUGUGUAACUGACGACACGGUUGUCUUCCACGGCCUGAACGAGGGAGAGUCUGGCCUCAAUGGGCAGAGCUCCACCAUUCACUACAGCUUUGCCAUGUUCCGCUUCAGUGUGGAGCCGCAUUUGUUCUAUCUGCACUGCACAGUGCAACUCUGUGACCCGGAUGACAGAAUAUCCUGCACUCCUAAUUGCAAGUCCAUCACUAAACGAGAAGCGGUGCACAUGGACCCCGCCCAAGGGCUCUUGUCAUAUGGGCCCAUCAGAAUUGAAACUCCAGAUAAACCUAGCUCUAACAUAAUGAUGACUGUGGUUCUCCCCGUGGCAGGCGUCUGGGCCGUGGGCUUCAUCCUCACCCUCCUCAUCGCGAUGGCAAGAGCCGGCAGUAGGAAGAUUGCAAAGACUGAGCAGGCCUGA